GACUAUCGUUAACCAAUAUUUUGAAAGAUGACCUGAUCAAAACAAAAAACCAGAGAAGUAAUGUUCAAAGUUUAUCAGAAUAUUUAUCAGUAUAAUAUUUGUUUUGGCUGACUUAAUAAUACCAAACAGUCUUAUUGAUUCUGAUACUCUAUUAAUGUGAUCUGCAUCGGAUGACAAUGAAGUGAUAAAAUGAACUGGUAAGUUUACUAGUGUGUAUUUUUUUAAAGGCAAUGAAAAUGUUAUGUAUUUUUCCAGUUUAGAAGACGUGUUGAAAGAGCUAGAACGUAAUCCAGUUGAAGACUCUCAACAAAUUAUUCAUACACUAUCUAAGAUAAAAUGUAGCAGAAAAGAAGAUGCAUUUUAUUUCUAUGAAACCAUUUUACCAAAGAUAUAUGAGCUGUACAAACAGAACUUAUGCAGAAAAGAUAUUUUUUAUCUAGCUUUGUUGAGUAAUGAUAACACUGAGACUCUUCAAAUCUGCCUGAAAUAUGACAAAAAAAUAUACAAACUGUGUAUUCAAGAUACUACAUCUCUCUAUGAAUAUUGUAUUUACAAAAAACAACACUGGAUUGAAAAAUUAAUAACAGAUUACUGUGACUACAAGAACAUUUUAUCCAAAACAAUAUAUGAGACUGUUGAAAUUUUAAAGUUGAUCCAAAUAUUGAGUGAGCCACAUAUAGAUUUUGAGCAGCUAAAGCCUAUUUUAGAUAGUGGACCUUUUCUACACAUUGAUCCAUUUUGGCAAAAAGCUAUAGGAUUUAUAAGACAUUUUUUGCAUAUAACUAAAUUUUGUGAAAACUUACAGCCUUCACUUGAUCUUACAGAAUUAUUUUUUUAUGCUAGCACACACUCUGUUUUGGAGACAUUCUCAAAUUACUUCAAUUUGAAUUCAAUAGUUUAUGAGGAUGUUUUGAUUGAGGUAAUUGAGAAUGAGAGCAUUUGUGAGAAUUCAAAGUACUCAAGAGAGUUUACAGCAUUUCACAUUUUCUCAACUAUAUUCAAAUGCAUAAAAAGCGAGAUUCAAGGUAUAAACAUUUCAUUAUCUGUUACCAGUAUAAAACAAAAGUUACUGGACAUCAAGGAUAAGCUAUGGCAGAUCAGUCUGUUACAGAACAUAUUCAGAAUAAUUUUUGUCAAAUCUUGCCAAUUGAAGACAUUUGAAACCAAGGAUGAGUAUAUUUGCAAAGAAAAAGAUAUACGUCUGAUACUUUUCCUUGUAAAAGAAAUUCUUGAUGAACUGCAACAGCAACAAGUAUAUGACAAACAAUCCAAAGAGUACAAAGAAAUGCUAGAGUUACAUAAGUGUGUGACUGAUGGGUUAUGGCGCCUGGAGUUGGUACACAGAGUCAAAAAUGAAAGGAAGUUCAAAGAUAAAUGUUUGAAGUAUAUGCUUGCCCCACCAGAAUCUCUCAUACAGAUGUGUUUGAGACAGAAGGAUUUUGAAAGGACAUAUCAAGUUAUAAAGAUAUUCCCACUGAACAACAAAUUCAUGCCAUUGGAAAUCGUAUAUCUAGAGAAAUUACAAGACCUAAAAGACUUAAUGAAAAAGAAGUUUAAAGCCAAAGCUAUCCAAAUGAGCAACCCUCAACUAUCUGCAAUGGAAGUCACUGUUGAAAAAACUGUCGAGCAAUUCUUCAAGAAAAAUUCAAUUGUUGUAAAUACUCAACUAGACGAGAUUGUAAAUAACCUUUCAAAAAAUAACAACUCUUUCGUUCAUUUUGUAGCUAAGAACGAAGUUUUCAUGAAUAUGUUUGACAUAGCCGUAACACAACCCAGCAGAUAUGAAGACUGUGAGACACUCUUGCAACUUGCUUUUGAAAAUAAUACUUUAGAUUCGAAUGUGGCGUCAUCUUAUUCAAGAUUCUGUAAGAAAAUCUUAGAUACGUGCAGUGAGAGCAGUACCAGUGCUUCGAAACUUUUAGUUUCUUCAGAAUAUUAUAUAGAUAUUAUGAAACAAAGAAAAGAGAAUGAAUUUUAUAAAGAGCUUGCAAGUCUUUAUGAUGAAUUCCAUGAACAUUUGUAUUCUAAUAAUGAACCUGGUACAAUAAAUCCUAGCCAUCCAAGUCAUAGAUCGUUGCUGAAAAUUAAUAAACUAUGCUCUGAGUAUCUUGGUUCCAAUACUGAAGGUACCAGAUAUCUCUACAAACUUUUUGGUUACCUAAAGGCAUUCUCAAAAAUAUUCUUUAUUGAACAAAACACAUCUGCCAUAGUCUCUAAAGGACAUAACAGUCCGUACUUCACAAUAUUAGACCACAAUCGUUCGCAGCUAAUGGGAAAACUCCUAUUUGAAAGGAAGCUAGAACCUGGGGAGUUUGAAAAAUACUUCAACAAGUUAAAACUUGAUUUUUUGUACCACGUAAUUGGAAACUGCUUUCCUACAAUCAACCUACAUACUCAGGACAAUGUUACUAAAGAAGAACUGUAUCCUGAUGUGCAUUUGUUUGAACCAAGCAGAAGUAUUUUAGCUUAUAUUCAGAAAAGAAAUUGGUUGUUAGCUUUCUUGCUUAUUGAGAUGUUCGAAAUCACAGACUUCAAGAUAGAUGUCAGCGAAGUGAGGGUACAAGUGUUUCUUAAUUACCUGAAUCUAAAUAAGAUUGAACGUUUGAAGGUUCUGCAUGAUAACAACGUAAUAAUAACGUCUUUGCAAAAUUGUAUAAACACACAAAAGGUCGUUAGAUACAUCAAUUCGCAAAUUUUAAAACCAGAAUAUAUGACAACCUCACUGUAUAGCACAACUUCCAAUGACAGCCUAGAAACAGCUGAGGAGUUGUUAGAGCACACUUUGAAGACAACAAAUUGGAAGGCCCUGUAUGAUAUACUUGAUAGCUUACCAGAGUGCAGAAUCAGAAAAAAUCCUACACUUCAAGAUCUGAAAGAUAGAAUAAUCGUUGAUAUGGUUCAAGAUAUGUUUGAGGUAGAAUUCUACAAGUACGUGAAGUUUAUAAACAACACUCAAUUGAGGAUAGAUACAAUCUUGAAUAAUUUGACACAAUGGCCAGGAACAUUUUGCAUAGAUGUAUUAAAGAGAGAAAUUACACGAUACGGAGCUGACGAGAAUUUGAAAUUGAGGGAGCUUCAAAAGUGGUUGAGCAUUAUUGAGCUAAAUGAGGAACUUAGAAGUAUUUUGAAUGUUUCCAUGUGGUCUUCAGCUCAUGAUUUGUGUGAAAUGCAAACGGAAAGAGUUAUUCAGAAGCUUAUGGAAUGCAGUAAGAUAAACCUACUGUUAGACUUGAUCAAGUUGUACAGGAUCAAUGACAACUUACUAGUAUACAUAAACUACAACUAUUUUCUAAAAAUUUUUGAUACAGCUGAGUCAUUGGAAGCAAUAAAACUUUUACUUGACAAUCUACCAUAUGAGCAUUCUGUGGGCAUUUGCUACAACCUCUUGAGGAAACUGAAACAGCUAGACCAUCUACAAUUUGUCGUUCAAUAUUUGAUGCAUAAUGUGGAUGACAGCAACCUUAGGAGCGUCGAGUUGAGUUUGAAAAUGUUAACAGUUUUCACGCAAAAUGAGCUAGAACAGCUGUUGUGUCUUAUUUAUAAUCCUCUAAGUAUAAUUGAAAUUUUGAUCAUGAAUACUAAGUUAGAUAAGUUGUCUGCAGUCUUGAACGUUGUUAAGCCCCAAGUGCCUUAUGCAGAAGCCAAAGAUAAUAGGUUAUCCAUUGAAGCCAUAGAUGAAUUGUUGCGCAGAUAUGCUGAAAAAUCACUGGAUUUCGACGUGAUAACCAAUCCAAAUCCACGAUUACUACGCACUCCUGAACAUAAGUUGAUGCAAUCUCUGGAUUCUAUAAAUCUGGAUUAUGAUUGUAAUGGAUUCACAAUGCCAGAAGAAGUGCCAUCGAAGGAAGAUUGGAUACCAAAUAGUGAAGUUAUAGAUUGCAUGAGAUGUCAGAAGGUCACUUUUUCUAUGUUCAAUAGAAGGCAUCAUUGUAGGAGAUGUGGACGGGUUAUUUGCUAUAAUUGUUCUAUGCAUAGGAUGCAGGUGCCUUCCUAUGGCGAUAUUCUAGUGAGAGUAUGUGAGGACUGUUAUCAACACACAUUAGGCAGUGAAGCCUCAGAUCCAGGUGACAGUAUGUCAACAAAAUCUGUAGUAAAUGAUCUUUGGCUUCUCUCUGAUUAUCCAGAACAUAAUAAUAUUGUGAGGGAGGAGUUUUCUUAUGAACAUGCUCCUAGUGUUUCUCUAUGUCUAGCUCUCAUGAAAUAUCAUUCCAAAACUAUAGAGUAUCCAAGAUUUCUUUUGGACCAGUGUAAAUACAUGUUUGAGUUGCUACUACCUUCUCAAGAACCUACACAAGAAAUUGAUUAUUUUCUUGUCAUCAAAAUGUUGAAAUCAUUGACACUAGCAGCAAAAAUGUCAUCAGUAGAAUGUAAUCUUCCAAAUGGUUCCUCUAUGGCUGAUAGAAUUCUCUCGCAAGCAGAUCUGUUGAGUCUUUUAGCAGAAAGGGGAUGUCUUAACCUGUUGCCUAUCACUAAUACUCAUAGCAGAGAGGCGUACAUAGAUGCGCCAAUUUUGAGGAGACUCAGGGAUAAGCUUUUAGAAAGAGAACAGUGGAAUUUGGCUUUAGAAGUUUCUACAAAAGCUGGAUUGGAUAAUACAGGCAUAUUUGCGACGUGGGGUAAGAGCUGUCUGAAAGCAGGUUGUCUCCAGCUUGCCAGAGAAAAAUUCCAAAGAUGCCUAGAUAGAAAUCUGUAUACAGAAAACCUGGAUCAUACCUCUUGUGAAGACUCAAUCAGCAAUAGUACCUUAAAAUCCAGAACCAUGUCCAGACUGUCACUUUUGAGCACCUGUGACUGCAAACCUACUAAAAAUCCGAUACUUUUGGACGAAAUUGUUCACAUACUUGAAUCGAACACCAAAACUAUUGAUAAAGAGAUUCUUGUCAGAGCUAGUCAGCAACGAUUAUCGGGAUCUGUAUCACCUUUGAACCAAAGCUUCAAACUGUCAGGACCGUCCGAUGUUGCUAUAACCAUCUUGAAUAAGCUGAAGAAUUUGAAAAGCACCAGUGCUGGACAGUACCAAUCUGAGAAUGUUAAAGAAACUAGUUCAAACAAACCGGUCAUGGACAGGAUCUUUUUCGACGAGUGUGUUUAUUAUUUGACCAGAUACGGUUCGCAUUUGAGCCUGAUGGAAUUUUACCUUAGACAUGGACAUUUUGAGAAAGUUUUGAACUACGUCUUAGAAACGCAGAUAAGCGCCGAACUUUUUAUAGACAUCUACAUGAGAUGUCUUAAGGAUGGGAUUAUCAAUACACUGCAAGAGCAUAUGUCCAUCAUUGACUCUAGUUUGGAAGUGUGGAAGGAUUAUUUAAGGCAUCUGUGCAGGCAUCUAGAAAAGCAAAAUAUGUUGCAUUCCUUGUACCAGCUCCAGCAAUAUAUGGGAGAUUAUAUAAGGGCUGCUAUGACUUGUGUAAGGUUUUAUCAAGAGAACAUUUCUACUUUUAGCGACCUUAUUAAUAAUACGAAUUUUUUAAAUAAAGCUGAGGAACAUCUGAAACAUGUUAUUGAACAGGAGCAGUGGAUAGAGGUAGCUGCAGUUCGAAAGCUAAGUUCUGCAUCACGAGACAGUUUCGAAGAAAAAGGCAUAGUGAAUCACUCACUGGUAAUGAAGAUGAAUUCUAAAGACAUUAACAAGCAUAUUAACACAAUUUGGUUGCAAACAGAAGUUGCAAAAUUUUUAGCAAAGUGUGAGACUGACGGUGUUAAACCUACUAGAAUAUUGAGAGACCUACAACCGACAGAAGAAAAUUCUUCAAAACCUGCAGAUGUUAAACUGAAGAUUCCGACUCUAUUUGGGACUGUUAUUGAAAGAAUUCAACUUGCAGUACUAGUGAUAAUAUGUGGGAAAACAGUCGAAGAAGGAUACGACUUAGCUCACAGGAUUAUCCAAGAAUUCAAACUGAAACCACUGAAGAUCUACUGUGAAUCCGCAAAGCAACUCGCAAAGGCGGAUCGGUAUUCAGGAAUUGCGGAACUAGUGAGUUGUAUCAAGCAUUCUGGCACUAGUGAUGCUGACAUCACAGAUAUUUGUGAUCAAAUGUUACAGCAGGCGGUAGGGACAUUGAUCAAAGCAAAUGUAUCGGAAACUAAAGUUGAGGAUUUGAUAAAGUUGAUGUCUGAUAAGGCCAUGAAGAUAUCUGCGUACAUUGAGGCCAAACAAUUGAAGACUGCCUACUUCUUGGCUGUCAAAUACAAACGAAUGGCCGACAUCAGACGGAUCUCGAGAGAGGCAGAACUUUUGAACCAACCUAGCAUUAAAGCUUUGUGUCAGAAGGUUUUACAAAAUUAUUCUCAUACUCCUUCACAUUCCAAAGAAUAAGACUGAACAGGCGUUGCUUCUAGACCAAUUCUUUUUUAAUCCAGAAUGAGAGAAGCGGCCCAAAAUAAUUUAGGAAUGAUUCACCGACCAGGGUUUUCUUGAAUAUCGAGUGGUUAAUGUUUCAUGCAUGAUAGCGAAAAUGUCACACGAAACUCAAAAAGUGCCUUCUUUAAUCUGGCAAUCGACAUUUUUCACUCGACAAAAUCUCGCGAAGCUAAGAGCAUGUGACAAUGAAUGACGGAUUCGAGAUUUUUUCACUGUUCCACAAAACGACAGAUAAUAAAGUAGGGAUAUGAGUUGCUUGAAAGUACUUUUUUUCUUCGUUAUUGACCGCAUUUCCUCAACAUCCGUCUUAAAAUUAAACAACAAAAGUGACAGCUCUCUAAGGGUCUACUAUUACGUGUCAGCGCUCUAUUUUGAGGUUAUGUUACAAAUAUCUGUUUGCAUCAAAUUGUCCGCCAUAAAGGCGUCCCACAAUUGUAGGAACGACUGACGAUACGGCCCUUACAAACGUUGACAAGAAUCACAAAAAUAAAAUUUCAGUAUCGCAUGCGAGAAUAUGUCUCAUGCAAGGUUCGAAAACACCCCCUUAAGCGUUCUUUUGGGCCACUUCUGGAAUAUUACCUGAUUUAAACAAGAAUCACUACAGAAUUAACGACUCUAAACAUAUUAUUUAUAUUUAUUGUUCCUCAUAAAAGCUAUACAUGCAUGUUAGCUAAUAAGGCUGUGAUAUAUUCAUUGCAAUUUGAUAUAUAUAUAUAUAUAACCUAUAUUCUAUUUUUUUAUCCAUGUACCUACGUAUUCAGUUCAUGUAUCAAUAAAAUAUUUUAUCCUUUA